GUUGUCAACCCGCAUGAAACAAUUGGCCCACUUGCUGGACGAUUUCAAUUUCGAAUGCAUUGGCACAGCGCAAACAGAUGACGAGAAUGUCAUUUGCGAAAGUCUGAAACAUUUCGCCGCCAUAAUUGGAACUAUUGAAGAUGAGCGAGAAAAAAUGCUGACGCUGGCGGAUCAACACAUCAUCAUGCCGCUGGAGGAGUUUCGAAAGAAACAUAUUGGCGGCGUUAAAGAGAAUAAGAAAAAGUUCGACAAGAAAACGGAAAAAUUUUGCCAGACACAAGAACGUUUCCUGAAUAUGUCGACGAAAAAGCCAGAGAACACGAUACAGGAGGCGGAUGCCAGUCUGGGUAUGCACGAACGUGAAUAUGUACAGGAGUCCUUGAGUUACGUGCUACGCAUACAGGAAGUGCAGGAGCGCAUCAAAUUUGAAUUUGUGGAAAUCCUGCUUGGCUUCAUCUCCGGCUGGUUGGUAUUCUAUCAUACGGCGCACGAACAGGCCGAGGAUAAUCGUGAUUAUCUGCAAGAUUUGCGGCACAAGGUGCAAAAGACACGCGAGAAUUUUGAAGGCACUCGAGAAAAAGUCACCGAAUUGAAGACAAAAUAUAUGGAAAAGAGAACGAAACCAGAGGAGAAAUUCACAAAACGUGGCUAUUUGUUUUUGAUGGAAAAAAGCUCCCUUUUGAAAAUAUCUCUUCUAGAGCCUUUCAAGGCAACAUGGACAAAAUACUAUUGCACUUACAAGAAGCAAAAGAAGGAGUUCACUAUGUUGCAAUUCAAUCAGAUGAAUCACAGCUCAACGCGUCCUGAGGGGCGUGAAGAGGAGAAACUGACGCUAUACUCUUGUCAUCCACGCAAUUCCGAAUUCGAGAAACGUUUCUGCUUCGAUUUGACAUUCAAAGAGAAACCAGGCAUUGUGUAUACAUUUCAAGCGCUCAGCGAGGACGAUCGGCAGACGUGGGUAAAAGCAAUGGAUGGCACCGAAUCGACCUACUUUGCUCCCGGCAAAGUGAAGGCUGGCGAGGAAUAUCAGUUGGAUGACAUGGGCUUCGCUUUCGUGCGCAGAUGCAUCGAUAUCCUGGAGAAGCGCGGUCUUGAGGAUGAGGGUAUCUACCGUAAGAGCGGUGUUGGCACGAAAAUUUCCAAACUCCUGUCACUGGGUAUGGAUCACAAGAAGGCAGAGUGUGUUUUUAACGAUGAACAAUAUCGUGAUCUCAUGGAGAGCAAUACCAUAGCGAGUGCAUUGAAAACGUAUUUGCGCAAUCUAAAUGAACCCCUGAUGACAUAUCGCUAUCACAGCGGCUUCAUCGAGGCGGCAAAACAAGAAAGUUUGAAUCAGCGUGUACACGAGGUGCAUAAAUUGGUACACAAGCUGCCACAGUCGAACUUCGAGAUGCUCGAUCUUGUCAUUCGACAUUUGACAGAAGUGUCACGCAAAUUUGAAAAGAAUAAAAUGUCGGUCUUCAAUUUGGGCGUGGUGUUCGGCCCGACACUGUUGCGCCCCCAGGAGGAGACGGUAGCUGCCAUAUUGGACAUCAAGUUCAACAACAUUGUUAUAAAUAUUUUAAUUGAAAACUACGAUCGCAUCUUCAAGAGCGACCCGAGCGCGCCAAUGUUAAGCGCACCCAAUCCCACUAGUCCGCCGACGCGCGUGCCACGUGCUAGUCAAGCCGGUAAAUCGCCAUCAGCGGGUGGUGGUGUGGGCAACGGCGGACGCACGUCAAUGUAUUCACCCCAACAGCAAGUCUAUCGACUUGUGACUAAGUCCAACUUCACAGAUCCACCGAUGUCGUCGAGCUUGCAAAACAUUCCAAAUGGUCUAAUCUAUUCGCAUGGCAGUGGUGUCGGCGGCGGUGGUGGUGGUGGUGUUGGUGGCGGCGGAGGUGGUGGCAAUCCAGCAAACCGCACAAACGGCGGCCUUGUAAGCGGCCACACCACCAAUGGCGGUGGCGGCAGCGGCUCGAAAAGUCUUGGCAUGAGCGUCAAUAUGGGCAGCGUAAAAAAUUUACAUUCCAUGUCACAGAGUGACAUCAGCGUGCGUAGUCUACGUGGGGGUAGUGGCGGCGGUGGUAGUGGUGGUGGCACUGGCGCCGUAAACAGCAGCGCUGCUGAUGCCGUAUAUGGCAUACUUGGUGGUGGUACGAACGGCUCCGGUCUAACAGCACAUCAUGCCACGCCCGCGAAUGCAACACAACUGCGUCAAGAUUACCUAAUGGCCACAGCCACACCAGCGUCUACGGGUAUCGGCGGAAGCGGUGGUAUUUACUCCACCGCCUCAGCGGGCAGCACUACCCGACUGAAUAUGAACAAUGUCUCCCCACCAACGAUAUCAAUGCGCACCGAAGCGUUGUAUGGCUCGACGGCACUGGCGGGAGGCGGCAGUGGUGGCGGUGGCGGUCAAUCGCAGCUUACCCGCAGUCACAUGUACGCGCAGGCGAAACACUAUUCACCUGUGGCAGCAGCGGCAUCCACCUCUAGUUCCAAUGAGAGUGUCUGUGAUUCUUUAUCGUCGGCGAAUGGCAUCGGCUGUGGAGGCGGUGGUGGUGGUGUCAGCAAUAGUGGUAACCGUUUGUUAGGCGGUGGUAAUUCACUGGACUAUGUGCCACAUUCCUCGCAAGCCUCUUCACUGUCGACGCUAUUGGGCUCCACCUGCGACGAUGUGGUGACGGCAACGGCAGCACCCUCUAUGAUUGGCGGUGGCGGCAGUUCGCCGAAGGAUGGCGAGUAUGUGCCGGCUAAGGUGCAUCGCAACAAGGAGAUACAACGCGAACUAAAUGCGGGCACAGCCCGUGUGCGCACACUGUACGCUUGUAUGGGCGAAAGCGAGGGUGAGCUGUCGUUUGAGCCAAACCAGAUCAUCACCAAUGUACGCUAUUCGCAUGAGCCAGGCUGGCUGCAGGGCACGCUUAACGGUAAAACCGGACUUAUACCACAGAACUAUGUUGAACACUUGAAACCAUACCACUAGAAGUAGCAACUAGAUAUGGAAGUCGUUAGAUACGUAUAUGUAUAUGAAUGUUCAAUAAUAAUUAUAUAUAUGUGUAGACCUUUAAA